GCUCAACUGCGAAGAGCCCACUUGAAAGUGUUGUUGUUCCGAUAAGAACGCGGGUGUGCGGAUAAAUCAAACGAAUCAUCGCUGCCGUGAUUUAAGCAGUUCUUUACAAAUAAGUCAACCAGCGCGUAACAAAGCAACACUUUUCGGAGCAUCAUGGCAUCCGGCGGCUUGGCAUGUGUCAAAUAUUUGACAUUCUUCUGCAACCUUCUUUUUGCGCUUUCCGGACUUCUCAUCUUUCUGGUGGGGGGAAUGGUUCAACUGAACUAUGCUCACUAUUCGAAUUUCGUAAGCGAUCACAUCUGGACCGCUCCCAUAAUACUGAUGAUUGUCGGAGCCGCAGUUGCCGUCAUCUGCUUCUUGGGAUGCUGUGGAGCCCUCAAGGAGAGCAGCUGCAUGAUACUGAGCUUCGCCAUUCUCGCCGUGGUCAUCUUCCUGUUCGAGAUCGGACUGGGCGUUGCCGGCUACGUGAAGCACACUGGUCUGCAGCAGCUCAUGGAGGGACAAUUCAACACGACCAUGAAGCACUACAAGGAUCGGGCCGACUACCGGGAUGCCUGGACCCUGCUGCAGACCGAGCUGGACUGCUGCGGCACGUUCGGGCCGAGCGACUGGGAAAACAACUUCGCCAACAAGACCCUGCCGGCAGCGUGUUGCUCUGUGAUUAACCUAAGCGAGGCCAAGGAAUGCACAUCUGUCCAUGCAAACAAGCAGGGAUGCUUGCAGAAACUUUUAGACAUCUUGGACUCGAAGACUUUGAUCCUGGCCUCAGUUGUAUUGGCAGUGGCGGGUAUCCAGAUGCUUACCAUACUGUUCGCCUGCUGCCUCUAUCGUUCGUUUCGCAGGAGCUACGAUCACGUUUAGGUUGCGCAGCGAGGAUCCCGUAUGUCGCAUUUAAAGCGGGAACACCAAUUUUAGUAGUUUGUAGUCGUCAUACAAAGUUUUCACGUUGGCUUGUCUUAAUUGAACAUGGUCACAAGCACUUACACAAACAAUUCAUCUGUUUCACUUGCCCAUUGAAGGCUGAUUAUAUAUAACUAGGGCAUAUAUUAUAUGUUGUACCUUAGUUCCUUGAAUACAUCAUUCAAAUACAUUGUAGGCAAAACGAAUCUCUUGCCUAAUUAUAUCCAA